AUGGCGUUGGAUGACUUUCGUGUGGACUGGGACCCAAGUGCCGAUCAAUCAUUCUUCAGUGAACCUGAGCAGCGCAACCCUGUGGCCGAAUCGCCCAUCAAGCACUUUUUCACCUGGAAGGAGGAAACCAGAUCGACACCCUGGUCGAGAUCCAUUGGGGAGAGGUUUCGGCAUCUGUUCUUCUCUAACCUCGAUCUUCCCGACGAAAACGAAUGGCACUUCGAAAGACCGUUGGGCAAGGGGGCGUUUGGUGCGGCAGCCCUGUUUUACAAACGGAAUGAGAUGCAGGAAAAAAUAGAUGCACUCGCAUUGAAAGUCACAGAUUUCAAUCCAUCCGAUUUCGUUCCCGCUCCAGGCAAGCAGAUGACGUUGACUCACGAAGCUGCCAUUAUGGCGCAAACCAACGAUCUCGAGUCUGAUAGCCUUGUACGCCUCCGUCAGUACAAAGUCGACCUGCAAAACAACCGAUACUAUAUUGAAUACUGUGACUUCGGCACGCUGGAGACACUCCGGCUGAGAUAUAAAGCAUGGAAGAGUCUGCUCUCUUCGGACUUUGGACAGGCACCGCCCGGAGAAUAUCUUCUGCAUAAUGACAUAAAAACGGACAACAUCUUUCUGGCCAUGAAUACUGACGAAGAUGAUGGGACCGUCUGGUAUCCUAUACCAAAGAUAGGUGAUUUUGGCUUGGCCAUGACCAUUAAUCCUGAUGAACUCGUAAGGGGCACUGCCGCAGCCAUACAACGAGGCACUGAACUUUGGCAACCACCAGAACAACGCAUUAAAUAUAUGACGGCCUGGCACAGGUACCAUUUCGAGGACGAUGUCGAUCCUCGAUUUCCUCCGAACACGAACCCAGCUCUGCAUCGAAUCCGUCCAGAAGCAAACAUCUGGGCCAUUGGUGCCGUCAUGUGGAGUUUAACGACCCUAGAGGAGAUAGAUGAUCUCAGCGACAGAGUUAUCGAUGUCCUGAUGGGCGAAGGACCUGCAUGGAAUACUUUUGACGGGACAAAUGUCCUCGACAGAGCCGACCCCGAGAUCAGGAAACGCUAUAGCACUGAACUCUUUGAGCUCAUCCAGGAAUGCACGAGUUUGAGACCAGGCGAUCGACCGCCCCCAAGCCGCCUGCUUCAGGAUGUUCUCGCUAGUUUGGAAAAGUGCUUUGAGCGGGAGGAAGAGGUGUUUAUGCAUACGAACGACCGGGCGCCAAUCACUGUGGCCUUCGCCCAAGACCACUUCAAGGACCUUCCCGACGGUGGUGCAAAUCUCAACAGACAACGUGGUUUUUGGGACGAUUUUGCGGAUCAUCUCCUCUGGGGCGAGAAAGAAUGGGACUUUGUGUGCCCGCCAGCAGCGCCACGUGAACUAGACUUUGACGGCAGCUGGCCGGGACCAAUACGCCAGAGACUAGAAGAGGGUUGGAAAGAAGCAGUGCUGAAGAGAGAUAGAGAGGCUGCUCAAAACAACGAUGGAGGAGGGAAGCCGUCUGGUCAACAAGAAACACUUCCAAGAGCGUUUCGGGGCUUAGCAACCCGGUCUUAUGAUCAACGCCUACCAGAAAAACAAGAGGAGAGGCCUCGAAAGCGCAUGACAUGGUGA